AUGCAGCAGGAUUGUGUCGAGCUGGAAUGCUCAGAAGCGCAAGAUCAACGAGUAACCAGGGAAUGGAACAACCCUUCGCCUCAGAAAGCAUCUGCACUCCAUAGAUACCAGUACGAAGUUCGUCUCGGAACUAAAGUUCACGUGCAGGGAUCCUUGAACUGCGGUGCCCACACAGGCGCUGCCCGGUGGCAGGACGUCUAUGCAGAGCCCCGUUGGGUACGAAAGACUCUGGGCGCCCCAUCAGCGUGA